AUGUCUUUCCAGGACCGCACGCCCGAGUCUCUGAUUCAGAGAUCAGACUCGAAGAACCCAGCAACGACGUGUCGAGGCAUAACAUCAGGCGGAAAGCCAUGUAGAAGAUCACUAGCUUCAUCAGCUAAAUCUUCACCUAAAUCAUCGCCGACUACUGCUCGUCACACUGCCUCGAGAGGCGUAGUUGCCGUUCUCGAAGACGAUGAUGGAAAUCUGGAUGCCGCGGCCUUUUACUGCUGGCAACACAAGGAUCAAGCCCAAUCUUUCGCACAGAUAUACUCGAACACGCCGCAUGCUGCGAAUACGAAGUUACUGUCUGUCCAGGAAAGGACGAGCAUCGAUAGUCUCGUCGCGAGAUUGGGAGUGACAUCUAUCCAGGAUCAAGCAAGGCCACCGAAGAACACUCGUGAGGACCGCAGACGACCAACACAGAACACUCAACAAUACUCGAGACCGAUCGAACGACCGUCGGCAAAACCUCAAGCCCAUAGGAAACCCAAGCCAAGGCCAGGAUUUUGGGCAUCAUUAUGCUGUAUGGGCUCAACGGACGACGACGAAGAUACCGGACGGCCCAGCUACCAGGCACCGCAGCCGGAGACGACACAGAUUUCGACACCAACCAGCACCACAGAACUCCUCCCUUUCAUCCCAGGCCACCUCCCACCCCAAACCGCCUCUCUUCUCCUCACCGAGCUCUCCAAACCAAUCUCCCCUCACGACGAAGCCGGCUACAUUUACAUCUUCUGGCUGACAGAAACCUCAACUCCCUCGACACUUUCAAACGACACCGCAGCCUCUUUACUCGCAGCCUCAAAGCCAUCUGCACGAGGAGGCCAAAGACGUCCCAGCGAUGUGAUGAGUGCAUAUACAGCAAGCAAAGGCGCCACAAAAACGAUCAAACUGAAAAUCGGCAGGGCGAACAACGUACAUCGUCGUAUGAACGAGUGGAACAGACAAUGCGGUUACAAUCUCAGUCUCGUUCGCUUCUACCCUUACGUGUCUUCUUCUUCUUCUUCUUCUUCUCCGUCACCUUCGCCUUCACGAGCCACACAGGCAAAUACCUCGAGUCAACAGGUCUACAAAGUCCCGCAUGCUCAUCGCGUGGAAAGACUGGUGCACUUGGAGCUGGGAGACAAGAGAGUGAAGCGAGAUUGUCAGGCUUGUGGUCGUGAACACAAGGAGUGGUUCGAGAUCGAGGCUACAGCAGAAGGCGUGGCUGCUGUGGAUGAGGUUGUGAGGAGAUGGGUAAAAUGGGCAGAAACCAAUCCUUAG